GAAGCUUUAAGAGGGUAUUUUAAAUUGUUCGUCUAGCGGACGUUUUGAACGUCUGCAUUUUCGUUUGUUCGUUGUAGUAAUAAUUCCGAUGACAUUUCUAUGCGUCUUGAGCACUCUUCUGUCCAAUACAUCUUUUUUAAUCAUGGUGUAUCCUCACUUUUAUUUGACAUCCCAAUACUUGCUCAACUCAGUUUAACAAAUUUGAUCCUAUUAUUUUUCAUGAUCAACUCUUCAUUAAAUUCUGAAAUGGACGAUUUUGAUGAUAAUGGAAAUAGGCUUGUCCGACGUAAAUGGUGCCCAUGGUCUUCAUGGAGUCCGUGCUCUCCAACUAAGUGCUUCAAAGGCUUUGUAAACAAGAAUCCUUCAUAUUGGUCAAACCGUGAAGAAUUCCAUGUCGUUGAUGACACACAGAUUACAAACUGUGUUCUACUACCAAAAAAUAAUACCAAAAAACCUAGUCGAGCAUAUGUACGACAGACAAUACAAGGUCAACAUAAAAUUCUUGUUCCUGAAAAACAACGUUUUCGUACCUGUGAUUGUCAGUCAGUUUCCUUACUGAAUGUAUUCCGUUUGGUUAGUCGGCAUGAAUGUUUUCCUGGUGAUACAGUAUUCGAAUGCAGUGAAUGUGAAUCAAAUGAAAAAAUACAUUUGAAUCGUGAUAACAGUGAUUCUGAUGCCAAUCUAAUUCCAUAUUGUUCAUAUGAACAAUCUAAUUUUCAAUUGUAUAAAAUAUUAGGUGGAAUUAUUGGAGCAAUUGGAAUUAUAUGUUUACUAGUAUGUUUAAUACGUUUCUUAGUUAAACAAAUCUGUGGUAAUCAACGGAUAAAUAAUCGAACUUGUGGUGAUAGUGGUGGUGGUUCUGGCGCUAGUACAAAUACUAAUGGUAAUACUGCAUCAAAUCGAACUGGUCGAAGAAGAAAUCGUUCACCUCAGUUACAAAAUAAUCAUAGAGAUGAUGCUACAGAAUAUUUGCAUAAUGAUUAUAGCACAAGUGUAUAUCCUGUUGGUUUUGGAACCUUAGAUUUACCCCCUGCAUAUACAGAUGUUGUAAAACUAUCUCCCAUUGAAACCGAGUCUAACAACAAUAAUAAUAAUAACUCAACAAUACCGGAUGCAUUUCGUUUUAAUUUAUCACCAAAUGAACAAAUCACAAAUCCUUCUUUUUUAUCUAAAUCAUCCUCAAAUCAAACUGGUCGAUUCAAUUCUACAUUGUACACUAGUGAACAGAAUGCUACAUCAAGUCAAAUUUUAAAUGUAAAAUCAUCGAAUACAACACCACCUCCACCUAGUUAUGAAGAGAUUGUCGCAGCGACAAAUGCAAUGAAGACAAAUCGUGAAAAUGAUGAUUCAAUUAUGUCAGGGAAUGAAAUGAAUAUUGCUCAAGUUAGUCUUCAAACAGAAGAUACCGUUACUACUACUACUAAUAAUAAUAAUAAUAAUACGAUUACAACUUAUAGUGGUAGUAAUUUGAAUACUGAACGAACAGAGACUAAUUCCUCGUAAUUUCUGCAAAAAACUUUAAUGCUGAAAAUGUUUGUUUUUUUAAUUUGAUUUCUUCUGCCUCUUGUACUACUACUGUUGAUUCUUUUGCCAAUCUUGCUAUAAGUAGUAUCGGUUUUGUUUCUUCAAUAAAACAAUUCACUUAUUUGACAUAUAAAUUCUCAGUGCUUUUCGCUUAUUCCAGAAAUUAAAUCUCUCCUUUUUUCCGUUUUUUCUUACCAUUUGAUCAUUCUUUUCAGUUUCUAUAUUCGCUUAACAAUUCAAUAAAUCAGAAUGAUUAUUACCUUCUCUUGCUCUAUUUCCCCACUCCUUAAGUAGAAAACUAUCUAUCAAAUUGAUACUCAAUGAUGAUCACUCUCUGUCUUGUAUUUAUCUAACAACAUACUAUUUCUGAUUGUAAAUGAAAGUGUUGAUAAUAAUGAUGUGUUUGUUCAUAGGACCCUCCAUGAAUGAUAAGAAAAUUGAAAAGUUUAUUGAUAGGGAUUCCCGAUUCUAUUAUUUACUUUAUUAUUAUUAUUACUACUACACUUUGUAUAGUUCAUAUUGUUUAUUUGAACAAGUCUUGUUCCUUGGGUUGUAUCUAUUCUUUUUUUUAAAAAAAUUUCGACUUUUCUCUAUUUAUGGUGUAUCUAUUGUGAUAUGGAGUGAGAGAUUCUCUUCUAGUUGUGGUCUUUCAAUCAUGAAAGAAAAUUGAUGGAUAAGAAUUAGGAAGAAGAAGAAGUUAUAGAAUUUUAUGAAAAUGUAAGUUAUAGUUGGUUUUUGUAUAAUUGAUGAGAAAAACAAAAAGGGGGGGACAACUGAUGCACUGUAAUAUCUUACAUUUUUCAUAUUUUAUAUGCAUUACCCCAUACAUGCAUUUAUGUAUGUGUGUGUGCGUGUAUGUAUAAAACAGUCCUUACUAUCUUUUCUUUUUCAAUUCAUUCAUAUGUAUGUUCUCGUUUUGUGAUUUAUUAUUAUGAAGACAAUCAUGAAUGGAUUUGUCUUAUUAUAUAUGGCAAAAUCUGGUAUAUAUAUAUGUAUACUUGUAUCCAUGUCUACAUUUCUGGUCAGAGGUUGCUUAUUAUUGAAAACGUAUAAGGUGAAUUACAGUCAUUAUAAAAAAAAAUAAUAUUUUGUCACUGAGUAAAUUAGAGUUUUACUCAACUAUUGAUCAUAUUGUUUCACUUAGGUUA